AAUCCCCCCAUAUAGAUGCGCGAUGGUACAGUCCAGCGGCUUUCGCCCAGUUUGAGUACAGGCAAUACGCCGCAGCCCAUCAUCACUGUGGAUUCUGCCGGCUCACGCCUAUAUGCGAUAUUAUGGAGUGAAGAGAGAGAGGUGCACUGGGCUGGAUACUGCAAAGAAAGGUCACAUCUGGAGACUGGACCAGGACAUUUACUAUAUAAAUAUAAAACAGUCAUGGAUUGUAAAGAGGAGAUCAGUGACUCUGAUAGUGGAAUCAUGUUAAACUCUGGGCCAGACAGCCCCACAUCACCGGUGAAAGACAUGAGCGCUCACACACGUGCCAUGAGGCUGAAGCAGAAGGCCCUCGAAGACCGUCUGGAGAUGUGUGUCCUGGAGCUAAAGAAACUUUGCAUUAGAGAGGCUGAAUUAACUGGAAAACUGCCCUCGGAUUACCCUCUCCUGCCCGACGAGAAGCCUCCGCAGGUCCGGAGACGAAUCGGAGCCCGUUUUAAACUGGAUGAGGGUUUUAUUUCUCAAGACGGCGAGGAGUCUGAGCUGCAUGCGCUGGAGUCUGACGUUGCACUGCAACGGCAAAUUUACGAGGCGGCAUGUAAGCUUUCCCUGGAGGAGCACAUCAGCAAACCAGUGAGGAAAAGCCGACUGCAGCAGUGUAAACGUGAAGAGAGGAAACUGAAAGAGCUACAGGAUGCUGUGCUGAAACAUCGCAUUAACCACGGCUGCGUCUCUCCACAGACCUGUCAUUCGUCCAGGCAGAGAGAUCUUGGUAUUUCUGAUGACAGCUCACUGUCGGAUGCUGUUGUUUUGGAUGAUGAUUCAGACUCAACUCUCUUUUCUCCAGUCGGUCUGGGUUCGUCCACAGACAGCGGUUUCCAGCGUCUGAUUCUCUCACCCAAAAACGGCCCCAAGCCAUCGAGCUCCAGCUCCAGUCUGGAUUAUGAUCCCUCACCAAUCCAAAACUCUCCAUGGAAGGAAUCCAGCUUAGACCAGCCUUACCAGAAACCAAAACCAUCAAUCUCUGCCUGCAGCAGUCGCUCAAGCAGUCCAACAUUUUCAACCGACACCAGACUGGCAGAUCUCCCCCCAGCACCACAGUUUGUGUUUAAAAGUUUGCCGAUGCGAAACAAUCAGCCAAACAGCGCCCCCUCCACCCCAGAGCUGCCACUGCGCCGACAGUUCUCACAGUCCUUCAGACUCCCCAGAACUAAACCAGAACUGACCAAGACCAGCUCAGAUCUAUGGCGGGGCCGGACCAAAUUACCACGUCGGCGAGUGACAGAUUUUGCCCUGGCCUACUCGGUCCAGCGCUUGUAUCAGUGCAGUUCAGAGGACAGUAGCUCUGAACUUUCCAUCUCUUCAUACAGCAGCUCGUCCAGCAGGGAAACAACCACAGAUCCACCCAAACCAUGUCCACCUCCAUACGGCUACCAUCGCACGACUGCAAAUAAAGCAUGUGGCCAGCUCAGCACCCGUAGCCCACUUAAAAAUAACAACAACAACCCACCUCAUCCUAUUCCCAGCUCCAAUCGGGUGAAGAAUAACAACGUGACGGCACUUGAAGUGGACAUGGGAAGGCUCAGGGUUGGACCAAACAUGUCAAAAUCUGCUACCAUGCUUAUUAGUAAACCUCAGGUGGAGGUUACGUCACCCAAACGAAUGCUCAAACCUCCCCCACCAUACACGAAGGUGGCCCGCACGAUGUCGCUAAAAGAAUACCCUAACCAUCCCGCCCGGGUGCUUCCUCGAGAUGUGGUGUCAGGGGAACUUAAAUCCUGGCACCAGAAAAACAAUUUAGCUGUGCCCAGGGCUUGCUCACUCGAACGACAGGGAUCAACCCGAAUGAAGCGCCCAGAGCCACCCCCCUACCACCGGAUUCCCCCUCACAAACAGGUUUCUCAGAAAGUGAUUCUGCAAAGGGCUGCAGAUGGAACCCCAAUGCAGUGGUAUGAGGAAGAAGACUCGGAGAUUGUAAGUCAGGUGUAACUUGUAAAAAAAAGGACAAACUGUCUCACUCAUUUAUUUGUAUUUAUUGAGCCAAUGGACUCAACUAAUACAACUGUAUAGUGAAAAUUAUGUUAAUUGUCACAAAGACGUUUUGACCCAAUAUUCGAGGUGUGUCCACUGUAUAAUAUGGUAGGCCACAAAUCCUUAAACUUACAUUGAUAACUAACACUUAAGUCUAUGGCUUCCUUGUAAGGAAUCAUGCCAGAUAUUUAUGAUGAAUGUAUUAAUAUAAUUCUAAUUUGAAUGAUUAGUAUUAAAAGUGUGGUCCACUUUUUUCUAUCGACAAUGAGAAAUGUCUUCUUUGAAAUUCUAUGAACAUUACACCAUUUACUAUCUAUUUGUGUCUGGUACACGAUUUUGCGCAAUUCAAAUGUUUUGUAGAUGUGUCCUUAUGAUUUAUUAUAUAUUAACGCAUUAUUAAUAUUUAUUUUGCAUUAUUUAUGUUUCCUUAUUGUAUUUUUCAAUUCAUAUUCCCAUUUUUCUAACAUAUGCUUUAUUUUAAUAAGUUUUUUUUUAAAUGUUGCUAUUCUACUGUAAUGUGCAUUUAAAAAAAAUAAUUCACAAUGUCUGUGAGUCCUAUUACCAAAUGCUGAUUUUUUUAUGUUUGUAUACUAACUACAUAUAAAUUAUAUUUUAUAUUAUUUAUAAUACACUUCAAUAAACAGUACCACAGAUUCACAUUGACGUAUUUUCAUGCAUUUUACAUUUUAAAAUACAGAUCACUGCAACAAAUAAUCCUAAACCAUUUAACAAACAGUAACCAAAAGCUUUCACAGAAUUCAUCAGUUUUUCAAAAUC